UAAACACCAAGAAGAAGAAGGAGAAGAAGGAUAGGCAGGCAUGCUGUUGGAGAAGCACAUGAAGCUGCUGCGGCUGUACGGCGGGCUGCUGAUCCAGCGAGCGCACAAACACACCGCGACGCGGCUCUCCGAGAAGAAGCUGAGCCGCUGUUUCGUGGAUCAUCGCAGGGUGAAGGUAGCGGCGGGAUCAGGGGGGGACGGAGCCUCCUCCUUCCACAGCGAGCCCCGGAAAGAGUGGGGCGGUCCGGACGGGGGAAACGGAGGAGCCGGAGGAGACAUCAUCAUCAAAGUGGACCAGCAGGAGAAAUCACUGUCCUCUGUGUCAACGGUGUAUCGUGGGAAAGAUGGAGAGGCAGGAAGCAGUCAGAACCGCUUUGGACGCAAUGCCAGCCCCACCUACAUCGCAGUUCCUGUCGGCACGCUUGUGAAAGAGGAGGGCAGCACGCUGGCAGACCUGGCGCAGCACGGCCAGCUGUAUACGGUGGCGUACGGAGGUGCGGGGGGGAAGGGGAACCGCUUUUUCCUGUCCAAUGAGAACAGAGCGCCCCUGUGCGCCACGCCCGGAGAGAAGGGCCAGGAGCGCGUGGUUCAGCUGGAGCUGCGCACCAUGGCCCACGCCGCGCUGGUCAGUGCUAAACCAGUCUCCAAAAUCAUCCUCUCACCUUCAUCUCCUUCCAGACCUGCAUGCACUUGUCCUUUCUGUGGAAGAUAUUAUGAAGAAUGCUGGUAAUCCAUCAGUUGUUGGCCACCAUUGACUUACAGAGUAUUUUCUCCCUACCAGGGCCUAAAACUAACUUUUUGCCACACCUGCCAACGGCCGGUGACGUGAUUAAAAUUUACCAGCCAAAAUAUUUUUUAC